UCCUAAGCUCUGUCGAGCCUCUGGUCUUUGUGACCGUUGUCUCAAAUUCCUGCCGAAUGCGUAGUCACGCCAUGUUUCGUCUUCCCGCUAAUGCUGCUUAUCUUCUAACUCUACAGUUAUUUCUCUCCCCUUGCAUCCGAAAUAGAGCUCCUGGCAACUCGUUCUGUACCUGUAUCUGAGAGAAGUCAGUGGUCCUUUUGACUUGUGAAAGCGCUGUGAUUGUUUGCGAUUUUGCUAGAGGCUGUACCAUGUUCAAUUUUGUCAUCGGUGGAUGGUUUCCUGUAGAGGUUCUGUGCCGCAGCACUGGAAGUAGUUUGUCUACUUAGUUUUAGUGUAUUGAGGAUAGGUUUGAGAGCGGUUGUUAAUCCUGUUGCGAGGUGCGAUUGAGUAAACCGGAGCGGUGAGCGGCACGGUGUGCGCGUGUGCAAUCUUGGAAUUGAUUUGAUGUGCUCAGUUGGAAGACGAAUUCUGCCUCCACUCCAUCUGCUGGUGAGGGAGAGUUACAACAUUGAGAACAGGAUUAAAGGAGAACCUACGUAGUAGGCCUAUGGUCUCAGCCAUGACUGUGGCUACUGAGAGAGGUGGAGCUACUCAGUUUGCGCGAGUCAAGAGCGGGGAAGAGAAUAUCUAUGUCACAGUCCGAGUUAGGCCUCUUAGCGCAAAGGAGGUUGCGCGUUCCGACGUUUCUGAUUGGGUGUGCUCCAAUGGCCAUACCAUAGCAUAUAAACAUGCGUUACCAGAGCGAUCACCCUUUCCUGCUGCGUAUACAUUUGAUCGUGUGUUUGGGCCUGAUUGCCAAACACUGAGGGUUUAUGAAGAAGGAGCUAAAGAUGUGGCUCUUUCAGCCCUCACUGGUCUCAAUGCUACGAUCUUCGCAUAUGGGCAGACCAGCAGCGGGAAGACUUUCACAAUGAGGGGUGUCACCGAUAGUGCUAUUGCAGACAUUUUUGACUACAUUCAACGCAGCCCAGACAGGGAGUUUGUGCUAAAAGUUUCUGCACUUGAAAUUUACAACGAGGUGGUGAAAGAUUUGCUGGCCACUGAGGGUGCCCCUCUGCGGUUGCUUGAUGACAAAGAAAAAGGUACUGUUGUGGACAAAUUAAAGGAGGAGGUCGUACGUGAUAUUAACCAUUUGCGGCAGGUGAUAAAGAUUUGCGAAGCUCAGAGACAAGUCGGAGAGACAAGUCUAAACGAUGUAUCUUCCAGGUCCCAUCAGAUCAUUCGAUUGACAGUGGAGAGCCACCCAUUUGGAGUUGCUCCAGGAAGUACAGCAACCUCUUUAAUUGCGAGCCUGAAUUUCGUCGAUCUGGCUGGAAGUGAGAGAGCAUCACAAACUAAUGCCGAUGGAGCCAGGCUGAAGGAAGGAGCUCACAUUAACCGCAGCUUACUAACCUUGAGCACUUGUAUUCGCAAGCUCAGUGGAGGAAGUAAGAUCAAAGGGCAUAUACCGUAUAGAGACUCAAAGCUGACGAGGAUUCUACAGCAUUCGUUGGGAGGAAAUGCAAGAACUGCUAUUAUUUGCACAAUGAGCCCUGCCCAUAGCCAUGUUGAGCAAUCCCGCAACACCCUUGCAUUCGCAACUAGGGCGAAGGAAGUAACCAACACCACCCAAAUCAACAUGGUUGUAUCAGACAAGGUGCUGGUGAAGCAGCUGCAGAAAGAGGUGGCUAGACUGGAAGCCGAGCUGAAAAUACCUGAUGUAACUCCUGCUGAUUCAGCCUCAUCUGAAGCACUUCUCCAAGCCAAAGACCUCCAGAUUCAGAAGAUGGAGGAAGAGCUAAGGGAGCUGCAAGUCCAGCGUGAUGCUGCACAGGCCCGACUUGACGAGGUCAGCAGGAAGCUGGAGGCCGAAGAGUUGGCCAAAAGGCAAGCUGAAGAGGCAGCCAAGAAGCUUGCCGAGCAAGCGGCGCAAAGACCUCCGUUAGCGCCGGGGCCUCAACCCAUUUUCCGCACACCUCUGUCAAUUGCGACGAAUCGAAGAAGGUGGUCUGAUUCGGGCGAUUAUCUCAUCCGAAAAUUCGAGGAACAAAACCAGCAGCCCCACACACCCCCUCGCAGUGUUCGACCAAAAGGACCAAACAUGUCAGUAAGACAAUCUACUGCCGCGUCUGUAAUGCUAGUGCAGGAGAUCCGCAAGCUUGAAAAUCUGCAGGACGAACUAGGAGAGGACGCUAAUCGAGCUCUUGAAGCCCUUCAGAAAGAGGUUGAAUGCUUAAGGAUGGCUCAAGCUGGCAUGAACCAUGACGCUGCAUCUACAGUCAAGAAACUUCAGGAAGAAAUUCAGACAAUGCACAGCCUUCGCGCCACAACCUCGAGGUUAAAGUGCUUGGAUAACAAGGAAGAUAUAGCCAGUCUCCGCCAGUCCAUAAGUCUGAACCCCGCGACUUUGCGACAAGAGCUCUCUAGAUUGGGAGACAAGGAUAAAACUGACGCUGAUGCUGCCAUAGCAACAUUAGAGGAGCAAUUGGAGAGUGUACAGAGGUCUUUGGACAAUUUGAUUCUUGCAAACGAGGCACAAUCGCCGAAGGAUGUUGGACAAUCACCCAGAACACCUGCCCGCAAGAAAGAUGUCCCCCCAACGCCCUCGACCGCCAUGGCUAGGCAACGACUUACUGCUGAUAUGCCUUGCUCUCCAGCUGCUCGGAGGAGUUUGAGAUAUAGUAAUGUCGAGAACAAUGAAAACACGCCCCCGCGAGUCCCACGUGAUAACCAUCCCCAAAACGGAGCAGAUCACGGAACACUUCGAGGGAACGGAAAUCAUAAACAAGGAGCAUCUCCAGCCAAAUCCGACCUUAAUUCAAGCCUGUCCAAAAUGAGCCCUGGUGGUGCCCACAAAAGAUCCAAUUCAGUGGACAUUCGGAAAAUGCAGAAUUUGUUCAAGACCGCAGCUGAGGACAAUAUCAAAAGCAUCCGUUCCUAUGUCACGGAAUUGAAAGAGCGUGUGGCGAAACUUCAAUACCAGAAACAGCUACUUGUCUGUCAGGUUCUUGAAUUAGAAGCCAGCGGGAAUGGAGACGAGGAAGGAGAUGACGAUCUUAAUGAUGAUGAGCUGGCCAUGGAGCCUGUACAAUCACCAGGCAGCUGGAAGUGUCAAUUCGAGCUGCAGAGGGCACAUAUCUUCGAGUUGUGGGACUCAUGCAAUGUCUCCAUCAUCCACAGAACGCAAUUCUAUCUCCUAUUCAAGGGAGAUCCUUCUGAUGCCAUUUACAUAGAAGUGGAAUUGCGCCGCUUAACUUGGUUGCAGGAGAACUUCAACGCCGAGUCUUCACCGUACCAACACAAUGUCAACAAUAUUGAGGAGCAAUUAAUACCUGCUAGCCCGAACUGUGGUAACAGUGCAAGAAACCUGAAGAGGGAAAGAGAACUUCUUGCGAGGCAGAUGGGACGAAGGAUGUCGGCUGAAGAAAGGGAAGACUUGUUCAUGAGGUGGGGUGUCCCCAUCGAGGGAAAGCAACGAAAGCUCCAGCUAGUUUACAAACUGUGGAUGGACCCUCACAAUCUGGGUCAUAUCCAAGCCAGUGCUGAAGUGGUAGCGAGGAUCGUGGGCAUCAUCAAUCCUGGGUCUGCCCCCAAAGAAAUGUUCGCCCUCAAUUUCGCUCCUCCCAACCAUGCGGAAAGGCCAGGCUUGUUCGGAUGGAAUGGUUUAUCAGCUCUUCUCAAUUUCUAGCACUGGAAAAAAAAUUCAGGUGAAGAAAAUUGUUGGUGGUCAUAGUUAGUAAAUUUAGCUCAGUCAUUGACGGAGGAAUGAUAGAUUUUCCUGCUGAAGAUUAUUCAGUCCUCCGUUCCUUGAGAGGAAGACUUCUUAUACACUAUUGUAUAUGUAUUUCAGCGUUGAUUAAGCACCCACUUUAAUCGCUGCGAUUUUAACUGGACCAAAA